AUGGGCCGGAUGUUGUCGGCGCGAGAAGUUGGAACUUCACCCCUCGGUGCCGGGAGGAUCAUCGUAGCUUCAUCACCAAGCAACCUAACCCAACCGAGGAAGAUGAAUAAUGAGUUCCACAUCUUGGGUCGCGAAAAUCUUGUGAACAAGCUUGUGGAGCAGUUGACCAUUAAAAGAGAUGACGGCGGCAGCCCGAGAGUGAUUUCGGUGGUAGGCGAGGAAGCCGUUGGCAAAACAGCUCUAGUGAGGAGCGUCUACAACCGACCAGGCAUUAAGAAUCAUUUCGACUGCUUCGCUUGGGUUCGGGUUGGGCACAAGCCUGACCCGGUUCAUCUCAUGGUCGACUUGCUCAACCAGCUGAGGGUCUCGAUACUGCAAGACGUGGACCGUAAGGACGAGGAAGAGCUGUCCUCUGAGCUCCAACGAGUCCUGAUGGAGUGUUGUUGUCUGAUAGUUCUGGAUGACUUGUGCGAUCUCCAUCUCAUGGACAACAAUCUCAUAAUGUUGCUUGCGGAAUCGGGGAAUAGGAGCAGAAUAUUAGUCACGACCCGUAACCCCGACAUACCCUCUCAAGUUGAUCCGUGGUCCACGCCUCUCAAGUUGAUCCCCCUCAAUCCAGAACAGAGAGUCAAGUUAUUGGAAGAAAGCAGCAGGUCUUUCGACACCGUCAUUCGGCCCACGCAACUCCUCCAUCUUAAAGAGAAGAUUUUUAUCAUAUCCGGCAGUUCUCCUGCAAAGAUCCUACUACUUGGAGGACUUUUAUCUGCCACCACGGUAGAUGGAUUCACCGUGCUCAUCAAUGGGCUUCCCGAUCAUCUGACACUCCAAGAGGUUGUGCGUUUGAGUAUCGAUGAACUGCCGGAACACUUGAAGAAGUGUGCUCUGCACAUGACUCUGUUCCCUAAGGAAUAUGAGAUUCCCACAAGGAGGCUGUUCAGACUCUGGUCAGCUGAAGAACUAGUAUCUUCACCGUUGGAGAACAGCGUAACCAGAGUUGAUGCAGAAAAAUGUUUCGAGGAUCUGGUGUCCAGAAACAUUGUCCGUGUAGCUCGAUGGAAUUGGGACGGGACUGCCCGAUUGUGCCGCUUGCCUGGAAUGUUGUACGAUGUCUUGUAUCAGAUGGCUAAGUGUAGAAGAUUCCUCAAGAUCUAUGACUGUUCUGUUCAAAGCGAUAAAACAAAGUUCGGUGCCCCGUGUAUCGCAAUACACAGGCGUAUUCCUGGAGAAGGAGAAGCAGAAGCGCAUGAAAAUACGCCAGAAGCAGGAAGAGAGUCUUCAGAAACAAAUGCGCAAGGAGCACACAAGGAGAUCACUCUCGCCGAGCCAUAUCAAAGAAUGCUGAUCGGCAACUCUCCCCCGCAGUUCGGUAUUAGAGAACUUCAUUCCUAUGUGUCAUUCAAUACUAUGAAGGUAGGGAGACAGGCCAGAGAGAUAGAGGAGUUGCUUAAACCGCUAGUGCCGACGGACUCAACUUCGCUGAGGGUACUUGAUCUCGAGGGUGUCUACAAGCCUUUGCUUCCGAAGGAGUUUGGCAACAUGCUGGUGAACCUAAAGUACUUGGGACUGAGAUGGACUCUUCUUGAAUCGCUUCCGAAGUCUGUGGUGCGAUUGUCUCGCCUGGAAACUUUGGAUCUGAAGUACACUAACAUAACCCAAGUGCCGGUUUCUAUCUGGGAGGUAGACAGUCUGCAACACCUAUACAUGAAUGAGGUGUCCUUUGACAAGUCCGUUGAUCCUCAACUGCAUGCCAAGGAAUCCUUAAACUGCAACAUCCAAACCAUUUGCGGCUUAUACAUUGGAGUUGAGAGCCCCAUGUUAAAAGUGCUGCCCAAGUUGACAGGCCUAAGGAAGCUGGGUCUGACGUGUCAUCCAUCGGCGGUAAAAGAAGCGACCAAGCAGAUCUGCAAUCUGAAGAUGCUUGAAUCCCUCAGAUUGCGAUCGAAGAAUCAAUACGGUCAGCCUUCGGGUCUUGAUCUGAGUGACAUGAGUGGGUUCACGUCUCUUUCAAGCAUGUACUUGCUCGGAGAAUUGUCCCCGCUAAGCUUGUCGGAGCCGCGCAUUCCUCGGAACCUGAGACUACUAACCUUGUCCAUGUCGGGACUAAAAGAGGAUCCAAUGAAAGUCCUGGGGGAGCUGAAAUGUUUGACCACUCUCCGGUUACUUGCAGACUCCUACGAAGGCGAGACACUGAGCGUCCUGGAAGGAACAUUUCCGGAACUCCGCGUCUUGAGACUGUGGAAGCUGGAGAACCUGACCAAGUGGACCAUACAGGCAGCUGCAAUGCCGGGCCUCAAAGACUUGGGAAUUAAGGACUGCAUGAAGCUGAAGACGAUCGACGGAUUGCGGCAGAUCAAAACCUUGGAAGGAAUCACAAUGGUUAAAGUGCCGGAUGUACUUGAGCAAAGCAUCAGAGAAAUGCGCCCAAAUGUGCCGAUCCUAGCGAAGGAAUUGGUAAAAUGUCCAGUGUAA